AUGGGUCUUGGUAAUACUGUUGUUGAUGAGAAUGAUGCCUCAAACCAAGACCGUGCCAAGGCCAUGAUUUUCCUUCGUCGUCAUUUAGAUGAAGGAUUAAAAAUAGAGUAUCUUACUGUCAAAGAUCCUCUUGUCCUUUUGGCGAGAUUUGAAAGAAAGAUUCGACCACCUGAAGUCACUGAUGAAAAUAUGUUAGAGAAAACAUUCUCUACUUUUCAUGUCUCUAAUAUGCUCCUGCAGCAGCAAUAUAGAGAGAGAGGAUUUAAAAAAUAUUCUGAACUUAUUGCAUGUCUUCUGUUGGCUGAACAAAAUAAUGAAUUACUGUUGAAAAAUCAUGAGUCCCGACCAACUGGUGCAAGUCCAUUCCCUGAAGCGAAUGGGACUCAAUUUCAAAAUUCUGGUCGAGGUCGUGGACGUGGCCGUAGAGGUGGCCGUGGAAGAAGUCGUGGACGUGGCCGUGGCCGUGGACGUGAUCGUAGUAGAUUUGUGCCUCGUGAAGAUUAUAGCCGUGGCAAGCAACAAAAUAUUUCCCAAAAAGGAGAAAAUAACUACGAUCCGAAAGAAGGAGAAAAGAAAGUUUAUGAAGAAAAAUGCUACCGAUGUGGUAUGGAAGGUCACUGGUCCCGUACCUGUCGUACGGCUGAACAUCUUGUUGACCUCUAUCAAGCAUCAUUGAAAAAGAAGGACAAAGAUGUCGAGACAAAUUUUAUCGAUCAAUAG